AUGCUCUUCCUCUUCGCGAAGGAGCCCGUCACCAUCAGCCUGACGGCGAUGUACCUGGUGUCCUUUGUGGUGGGCUUCGUGGGCAACAUCAUGUCCAUCCGGGUGCUCACGCGGAAGCGCCGGAGCCGGGUGUCCAGCCUGAGUGCCACCCGCAGCCUCCUCAUCAACCUGGCAGUGUGCGACCUCAUGGUGGUCUGCGUCUGCAUGCCCAUCACCGUGGGCAACCUCAUCUACAAAGCCUGGGUGUACGGGGACUUCCUCUGCCGAGCAGUGCCCUUCAUCCAGGCUGUUUCCGUCUCCGCCAGUGUCCUCAGCUUGACCGUCAUUAGCGUGAACCGGAGGAUCCUCAGCACCAUCCUGGUGGUGUGGCUGUUGUCCUCAGGGAUAUGCAUGCCCCUCAUCUUCAUGAACAAACGGGAUGAGAUUGGGGUGGUGGAGGGCUUGCCUCUGGUGUUUUCCAUCUGCAGGGAGAUUUGGCCUCAGGAGAGGCUCAAGCAAGCCUACAACUUUCUGCUCUUCUGUGCGCUUUACUGCCUGCCGGUCCUGUUCAACAUGGUCAUCUGCUUCCUCACGAUCUGAAAGAAGGUAGCACAGAUGGUGGUGGCCCUGGUUCUGCUGUUCGCAAUCUCUUGGCUGCCUGUCUACCUGAUGGACAUCUGGAUUGAUUUCAAUAUCCCCAAAUCCUUGCAGGAUGUGACUCCUUCUCCUUGGAUCCUGCAGCUCAGACCUUUUGCCCAGUGGCUUGGCCUCACCAAUUCCAGCCUCAACCCCAUAUGCUAUUGCUUUGUUGGGAACCUCUACAGGGACAACCCGUUCCUCAGUCCCAGAGCUGCUCUCUUACCAGAGUUCAAUGGAGCCUGCAAGGAAAGGACCCUCCGCAACACCCACAACAGGCAGAAGAUGUCGGGGAGGUCAUGGCCACAAGAACAAGUGUAG